AUGUUGGCUACCGUGGACAUUGACAUUAUAGGUCCAGACAUGUUCACCGCUUCGCGUCACGCUCAGUCGAUUGCGGAAAACUUCCUAAAUGACGUGGACGACUUCCAGCGAGCCUCCCGCGAUGCUGACAGACGUGCUAUGAGCCAUUUCGAUGUAGCCCCCGUACGUUACACCACCUACACACCCGCGGUCACUGUGGUGGGUUCUCGCUAUCCCAGCAGCUAUCCAUACGGAUAUCUACCAGCCAAGACAAUCUAUGACAGAACCUACCCGUAUACUUACUACUAUCCGGGCAGAUACUCCAGCUAUCCGUACUAUCACGACUACGUGCCAGCCAGCAGGUACUACUACAGUGAUUACUACCCGAAGAGCUACGUGACCCCGCUGCCGAGUUACUACAACUACUACACCUCGCGCUACUACUAUCCGUACAAUGACGUUUUACCAACAUCACAUCUGCGUGCAAGCACUGGACCGAAGCCAAACUGGGAGUGCUUGAGUAGACCAGCGCUUACCAGACGAUGGUGGUCCAGUAGCGACCUGCUAAGCGAUGUUGUAAGUAUGCCUGCCGUAUUUAUAGCUAUAAACAAAAAGUAUAUGCGACCUUAA